ACGCGUAGGCAACAAGAGAAGAAGAAAGCGAAUACAACAACCGUUUUUGUCGCACCUCAGCACACGCGUAAAAAUUUGCAUUUGUACUCCUUUCUUUUGUUGGGACAACAUGUAUCUAGUUUAGCGGGUUUGUGAAUGCUUAGUUUGUGACUGCCAACACCGUUGUCCAAGACUUUUGUAUGGUAAAUGGAGCAAGCCCAUUUUCAGCUGGGCUCGGUGAGGUGAUAAACAGACGUGGUUUUGUUUUAAAGUCCACGUCAAACGUACCCGACUGACCCCGUUCUCGUCAAAAGGCAAAAAUGGGGAAUAUGGGAAGCAGAUUUCAGUCCUCGAAGGGACCAGACGAAACCGGCGAAAGCAGUCGUAAACACGGGUGUGAAUGGAAGCGAACACGGAACACACAGUGUGACUGUGAAGAUGACAAGGACGAUGAUGCCAUUCUAGAUAGACCGCGCAGGAAGAAACUGAAAAGCACCUCCAAUUACAUUUAUCAAACAUUGUUCCUCAAUGGAGAAAACAGUGACAUUAGCAUCUGCGCACUUGGCCAAGAGUGGAAACUUCAUAAAUUGUACCUGUGCCAGUCGGGUUAUUUCUCCAGCAUGUUCAGUGGCUCAUGGAAGGAGUCCAAAAUGAUGGAAAUCAACCUGGAGAUACCUGACCAGAACAUUGACAUAGAAGCUCUGCAGGUAGUCUUUGGCUCCAUGUACCGUGAUGACGUUCUUAUCAAACCCAGUGGGGUUGUCAGUAUUCUUGCAGGUGCUUGUAUGCUACAGCUGGAUGGUUUGAUCCAGCAGUGCGGUGAAACCAUGAAAGAAAACAUCAGCGCGAAGACGGUGUGCAGCUACUACGCAUCCGCUUGCAUCUAUGGCUUGGACUCUGUCACGAAAAAAUGUCUGGAGUGGCUACUAAACAACCUCAUGACGCACCAAAAUGUGGACUUGAUGAAAGAAAUUGGAACGGAGAUGAUGGUGCAGCUCAUCCAGUCGUCCGACUUGUUCGUCAUGCAGGUGGAGAUGGAUGUCUACACUGCUCUAAAGAAGUGGAUGUUCCUGCAACUCAACCCCAUGUGGGACGGACCCAUAAAGCAGCUUCUGGCUGAUGCUGACGCGUGGCUGUGCAAGCGCAGGACCGACUUGUGUGAGAGCGAGCCCUUCUUAAGCACUGACGAGGGGGCCCCCUUUAGCUCCGUGUUCAAAUAUGUGCGUCUUCAGUAUAUCGUCAACGACCUCGCUUCUGCGCGCAUCUUGGAGCGGGACAACAUUUUGCCUCCUGAUUGGUUGACAGCAGUAUACAAAACACAGUGGUUUGCCAUGCUGCGGACAGAAUUUGAUAACGAUAACGGUCCGCAGGAAGCAAACAAAGAAGAAUUUGAGUUUAGCAGCAUGAGGUGUGGCAGAAAACUGACCAAAGAUGGAGACUACUGUUGGCGAUGGACAGGUUUCAACUUCGGUUUCGACCUGCUCGUGACCUACACCAACCGCUUCAUCAUCUUCAAAAGGAACACACUCAGUCAGCCAUGCGGGGGCGCUGUGAGCUUGCAGCCACGGCGACAUCUGGCAUACAGGUUACGCUUGGCCUCCUUUGACAAUCUCGGCAAGCUGGUGUGCAGCCGCUCUACUGGUUACCAGCUUCUCACACUUGAGAAGGACCAGGAGUAUGUGGUGAUGAACCUGGACAGCCGCCUGCUGUCCUUCCCGCUUUACGUUUGCUGCAACUUCUUGUACACCUCGCCGUGCGUGGACCACCGGCCGGACCCCUCGGAGCAAGAGGGAGGCGCCCGCAGCAUCUCCUGAUCGGCGCGCUGUGGUCGCCCAUCCGUUCUUGUGGUAACGUUGACGCUGUUUGUACACUCCGCCGGCACCUUCGACUUCACAAAUGAGCCAGCGCGGGGAGUACGUCCCUAACGUGUUACUUGAAGACUGCUGUCAUUCUCUCGUGGCGUGAAGCUGCUGCAUACCUCAACAAGGAAACUUCCCAUUUCUGCACUCAUGUUGAUGACACAAACCAGUCACCUCAACUUCACUGAUGGGAACAUUAACGGGACUGUCCUAUGGACUUCUGGAAGUGAGAAUUGUGAGGAUUUUCCGCCUAACCGUCUUGGCAUGACAAAGCAGGAAAUCUGCAAUUGUCCUUUUUUUGUAUACCGACAGGUAAAAUACUUCAAAAGAAUAAUAAAUAAGAGGAACUAUUACAAUUUGCUGUGUAUUGAAGAUAUGGUGUUAGUUGACAUCAUGUACAACUCAGCAGCUUCUUAUUUUGCAAAUACAUCUGAAAUACGUAAGGAAAAAAUUCAAUAGUCACCACUCUCAAUUUUAAACAGCAAUCUAAUACAGUCUUGCUUCCUUCAUAAUUGUUUUUCUGAUGUGGCUUCACUAUCACUUCACACAUACCUAAAAAACAUUUUUGUCACUUAUUUAGGCACUCGCACAUCCAAGUCUUAGUUUUUGGGGGGAUUUACCACAGUUGACUGCUUCCGUCGUUACAUUACCGCUAAUAUUUUUCUUUGCGUCGUAAUGUCAAAAUGAGAUGACUGUAGCAAUCCGAGGUUACCGUUACUCGUGCUGCUGCGGCACUCCUUGUUUUUAGUACACAUUUAUUUAUAAAAUUUUUUCCAAGGUUUUUUUUGUACGUAUCCAAGAUGUUUAUUGCCAAUAAAACUGCCCAUGGAUUUGGGCUGUGGUGCUGU